AUGAGUUUCCUUUUUAGAAAGAAAAAGACUCCGGCAGAGCUUCUCCGGGAGAAUAAGAGAAUGCUUGAUAAAUCAAUUCGUGAAAUAGAGAGGGAGAGACAGGGUCUGCAAACACAAGAGAAAAAACUUAUUGCGGAGAUAAAGAAAAGUGCCAAGCAAGGGCAGAUGGGAGCUGUUAAGGUGAUGGCUAAAGACCUCAUCAGAACACGCCAUCAGAUUGAAAAAUUCUAUAAGCUCAAAUCCCAACUACAAGGUGUAUCCCUCAGAAUUCAGACAUUGAAAUCAACACAAGCAAUGGGGGAGGCGAUGAAAGGUGUUACAAAGGCAAUGGGCCAAAUGAAUAGGCAAAUGAACUUGCCAUCACUUCAGAAAAUAAUGCAAGAAUUCGAAAUGCAGAAUGAAAAGAUGGAACUAGUAAGUGAGGUGAUGGGAGAUGCCAUCGAUGAUGCACUGGAAGGAGAUGAAGAGGAAGAGGAGACGGAAGAGUUGGUGAACCAGGUUCUUGACGAGAUUGGAAUCGAUAUUAAUUCUGAGCUUGUUAAUGCACCGUCCACGACUGUAGCAGCCCCAGCUUCAAAAGGUAAGGUUCCACAAGCUGAGUCAACAGGAAAUGACGAUGGCGGGAUAGACAAUGACCUUCAGGCCAGGUUAGAUCAUUUGAGAAAGAUGUAA